GCAAUGCUGCCAACAUUAAACAAAAAAUCUAUAGUCAGGUGACGAGCUCUUGUGACAGUUCUUGUAAUAAUAAAAUUCACUAAAAUUUGUUUAAAAAUCCGUAAAAAUGGCCCUACACGCAGCUAUCAAAGGAAAACUAAUCAGUGUUAUUGGUGAUGAGGAUACUUGCGUAGGAUUCCUGUUGGGCGGUAUUGGAGAAAUCAAUAAAAACAGACAUCCUAACUUCAUGGUUGUUGACAAGAACACACCCGUGAGUGAAAUUGAGGAGUGUUUCAAGAGAUUUGUGAAACGCGAUGACAUCGACAUAAUCCUGAUCAACCAGAACGUCGCGGAGCUGAUCAGACAUGUGAUUGACGCUCACUCGUCACCAGUGCCAGCUGUGCUUGAGAUUCCAUCGAAAGAUCACCCAUAUGACGCCAGCAAAGAUUCUAUCUUGCGUCGUGCUAAGGGCAUGUUCAACCCAGAUGACUUGGUACGCUAAGUUAGUGAUAUUGCAUGUUUUUGUGGCAUAUGAAGCCCGGCGCUCUGUAAAUACGCCAAAAAAGGACAAACUAACUAACCACUAAUUUAUAAUCACGUCUUAAAGUUUGCUCUCGUAUUUGUCUAUGAUAUGACUCUUGUCCCAGUAGCUAUUAGGCUCAAAAUUUUAAAAUUAUUGUAACACAUAUUUUGAGACGUGAUUAUAGUUAAAAAUUGAUUGAUGUAACUGUUUCAAUACAAUAAGUCUGUUUUCUGUGUGCAAUUUAAACUAAAGCAGUUGAUAAUACAUUCCACAGCCAAUUUUUUUUUCUUAAUUUAUAAUCUGUUAUGUGCUAAGAACACAACAUUUAUCCUUCCUUAUUAAUGAAAUUGUUUUAUGUCACAGAGUAUUAUUAAUCUUGUAUAGAUUUGUUGAUGUUAAUGUUAAAUAGAAUAUAAAUUAUUCAUCCAAUUAAA